GAAAAAAAUCUAGACGGACUACGAGACUCAAGGCGACUAUAAAACCCCUUUCUUGCCCAUUGUGUUGAUGCAGUCAAGAAAUAUACCGUUACGUACAAUAAUAGACGGAGAUGGAGGAGUGAGGCGGGACCGGUUUCAGCGGCAAACUUUGUGCAAAGAGCGCAGGGUGGUUUAUUUGUGCCGAUGACAUCCAUGCAAAAGUUGAACUCCUGUGUUUGAGACAGCGCACUUAUAUUAUCUAACAUUCAGGAAGAAAUUUCGUACAUCUGUCCGGUAGUAAAAUACGUGCAGUUUAGAUUUUGCUGACUAGUGUAUUUACGGCAGAAAUGGAAGCGCGUGACGGGCGCUGCGCGUACCGGAGAUGUUUCCUCGCGUGGACGCUGCUGGUGCUGGUCCCGUGGCUGACGUGCGUUCAGGGGACGUGGGGACCCGGAGUUUACAAAUACCAGACACUCCACAAAGAUCAGUCAAAAAGGAACUGGUGUCCACAGACAGUCACUAAGACCGUCACAUGUCAGGUGCAGAAUGGCACCACUCUUCAGAGAGUCUACCAGACCUGCAGGUGGCCUCAGGGUUGCAAUGGGGGAAGCUAUCGCACUGUGGUUCGUCCCUCGUAUAAAGUCGUGUACCGCACCAUCACCUCACUGGAGUGGAAGUGUUGUCCUGGAUACAGUGGAUCUCAGUGUGAAGAAGGGUCAUCAAGUAACCUGGUUGCUCAGGAGGCUGUACGGAAACAGGCGUUACUUCUGAAACCUUUUGGGAAAACAGCAGAGCACAUCUCUAGCUGUCUGAACUGCAGUCGUAUCACUGCCCUCACAGAUCGCGUCAGCUCUCUGGAGGCAAAGGUUCAGCUUCUUACGCCCCCUGCCCCAACCUCUAAUAAGAAGACCGAGUCGAAAAAUGAAGCUGACUCCUCCUCACUGAUGGGGGAAGCACCUGCCAAAGGUGCACCUGGGGCUCAGGGUCCAGCAGGCCCACAGGGUGAGAGAGGGAAGGAUGGUUUACCUGGUAAGGAUGGUAAAUCAGGAUCUCGAGGUCUGCCAGGGCCUAAAGGCGAAGCAGGUACAAGGGGUCCAUCAGGUGCUCCAGGGUCUAAAGGAUCAAGCGGCCUUCCAGGUCCACAGGGACCACCAGGCCUCCCAGGAGAGAAGGGUCUCCCAGGGCCCCCUGGCCCUCCCGGGCCCCCCGGACCUCCAGCCUCUGUACCUGAACAAGAUGCUGGCCUGAAAAAAGAAAGUCUCCUCCAUAACAACUUCCCUGACCUCCGACUGACCCCUCCACAUGGACCACCAGGUCCACCUGGACCCACAGGACCCCCAGGACCGAUAGGACCCAGCGGACCACCAGGACCUGUCGGACAGACUGGAAAGGCCGGAGCUCCUGGUUUGCAAGGCCCAGUGGGACCGAAGGGAGAACGGGGAGAGAGAGGACCUCUCGGAUAUCCGGGAGAGAGAGGGUUCAAAGGGGAGUCGGGAGAACCAGGACCCAAAGGAGAGCCAGGGGAGAAAGGUCUUCCGAGCGAUUUGAACGGGGAUGGGAUACACCAAAUCCGCGAGGCCCUGAAGAUCUUAGCCGAGAGGGUUUUAAUCCUCGAGACUAUGAUCGGUAUCCAUGAACCAGAUCUAGGGUCAGGAGAUGGUCUGUUUGGCACACCGUCUCCAGACGUCUAUCGGAUUAAACGGGCAAGGAUGUCAUCCUUCCGGGUCAACUCGCCCUUAAUCACUGCUGAGACCAAGGUUCGAGGGAAGUAGUCUUCAUAUAUCAAAGAGCGAAGCCAUCAUUUCCAUCUUGAUUCCAUCAUCCAUACAUCAACUGAACCGGCAAGAUCUACCCAAGUCCCCUGAGACACACACACACUCUACAGAGACUCCAGUAUCCAUCUGUUAUAAAUGCUUUGGAAUAUUUCAAUUAAUCAGGAAGUAGGAGACACCUCAGGGAAGAUCAAAUGGUGCUGUAUAAAUUAACCACAUCGAAUGGGACUCCAUAGAUUCUCAGCACCUCUCCUCCGGCAAAUCGUGCGCACAAUGAUUUGCCUUUAUUCAAUAUAUUUUCAAACUAUUGUACUUGUUUUUCAUGAAAAGGAAACGUGUUUUAAAAUAUGAUAUAUAUAUAGAAACAAUAUUGGUGCUUGUACAAUUGUUUUAAAAAAAAAAAUGCAGGGCAAUUAGGGUACAAAACCUGAUGGAAUUUGUGAUGGAGAUGAAGAACGUCUUAGGGAGAGCAUCACAUUACAAACAUUAUUAGUCUUUUUAGCUGCUGUUAAGAGCUCAUUGUAACUUCUGAAAAUGUACUGUAUGAGGAAAAUGCACAUGAAACUACAAACACUCCACUUUCCCCAAUGAUGAAAAGAUUUUAUAUUCUCUUCCUGACAUUAAAUGCACUAUGUAGAUAGAGAAACACAUUUUUCAAAGAGGAAGGACCAUUUUAAGUACAUAAAUGUCCAAACAUUAAAAGCAUACAAAUCAUAAUAGAGGAACUGCUUUGAGUUUUCUUUCCCAGUCCUUAGAAGUUUUUUAAUAUUUUUUGUUUAAACAAUCCAAUAUUGGAUAUACUGUAGGUGGUUGUGAAGUGAAUUUUGUGAUUGUUCUCUAGUUCAGGAAAACAAUUUUGAACCCUAUAUAAUACUAAUAGUGGUGUCCAAGUAUCCGUCUCCAAAACCAAAUGUGCACUUCCAUGAGUUAGGGGAGUCCGUUUAUAAAAAUCAGGAUGAAACUAACAGGGGCACAAAAGGGCAGUAGGAAAACUACACAUAUAACUUGAAUUCUGUUUUAUUUUGUGUGUCUCGUGCAUGUCUUUCCUUAACAGUUACAUGUACAUGCAUAAAAUCCUUCCUCAAGAACUUUGUAUUCAUAUAUAAAUGUUGUAUUAAUUAUUUAUAGAUGACUAUUAGCAGUUGAUGUUUUCCUUAUUCUGUAUACUGAUUCAUGUAACGUCUUCUGUAUUUUUCCAUUUUUACCCUUUUUUGGAAACUGUGUGAAUUUGUCUUGCCAGUGUGCAGUCUUACCAGUUGGUGUUAAAAAAACAAAAUAAACUUUGUGUUUCUUUUUUAA